AUGUCCAUGCUGCAGAUGUUGACUGUUAUCUCCCUGACUGUUCUCCUCCUGGCAUCUGCACAAGGUAAAGGUGUACAGAUGCAGCUGGAUGUCCAGUGCUGCAUGCUGUAUUCCCAUGGCAAGGUGCGCACCAAGGACGUCCUGCGGUUUGAGGUGCAGACCGAGGGGCCUGACUGCAGUAUACAAGCCAUAAUUCUUUACACCAAAAAGGCAGUGAAAUGUGCCGACCCCAGGGACCGCAAGGUAAAGAGGUUGCUGCGGAAGCUCCUGCAGAGACAGCGGACCAAGGCCCAUCGAACAAUGUGGCUCCUUCCUCACGACAACUUGCCCGUCAUGACAGAGGAAAAGAAAGACAACUGGGCCAUCCUCAAUACAGAGUGA